AUGGAUGCAGGGGCGACGGACGAUACUUUGCCGCACCCCGUGUUCGUUUCUUCGGUGCCGACCCUCACAAAGGACGAUGUAGAGCGCUUUGGCCGGCAGAUGCUGGUGGAGGAGGUCGGCGCCGCUCACAUGGAGCAGAUCCGCCACGCCCAUGUCGUGUGCAUCGGCGCCGGCGGGCUGGGCAGCACCAUUCUGUUGUAUCUCGCAGCGUCCGGGGUCGGGCGGCUCACGAUUGUGGACUUUGAUGACGUGGAGCUGUCGAACUUGCACCGGCAGGUGAUUCACACGACGGCGGCGAUUGGCCAGCCAAAGGCGCUGAGUGCGAAGGCGUCGUGCCUGCGGCUAUUUCCAGCAGCGCGUGUUGACGCGGUUGUGGAGGCUCUCAGCCCCACAAAUGCCGAGCGGCUUUUUGCCACGUGCGACGUCGUCGUUGACGGCACAGACAACGUGGCUGCGCGCUACCUCAUCAACGAUGCCGCGAUGCGUUGCGGCAAGCCUCUCGUUAGCGGAAGCGCCAUGGGGUGGGAGGGGCAGCUCUCAGUGUACGGCUAUCGCGGAGGCCCGUGCUAUCGAUGCUUGUUCCCGCAGCCACCCCCUCAGGAAACGGUCGGCAGCUGCAAUGACAGUGGCGUGAUGGGUCCUCUGCCAGGUAUGAUCGGCUGCUUGCAGGCGUUGGAGGUUUUGAAGGUGGCGACUGGAGUCGGUGAGACACUGAACGGCCGCCUGUUUCUCUUCAACGGUCUCCGCUUUUCCUCGCGCGUCGUCAAGUUACGCGGGCGGCAGCCACACUGUGCGGCCUGCGGCGCUGCAGCGUUGGCGGACGCGACACCACUCCCGCAAUUAGCCGCGCAGACGCGCCCCGAGUACAUCCCGUACUCGUGCCCGAUCACCUCAGCGUCGAGUCCACCUGGUACAUCAUGCAGCGCUUUGGAGUACGCCGCGCAUGCGCGCGGCUCCGCUGCUCCUCAGCGCCGUGUCACACUCGACGUGCGUGUGCGCUUGCAGUACGACAUGGCGCACUUGGCGCAUUCGGUAAACGUGCCGUACCAGUCGCUGCUGCAGUGGAAGCGUGCGGGCACGGUGGUGACGCAGCUGGCGGACGUGUUGGACAAGGCACUGCCACCGCAGUCCAACACACAGGAUUGCAUGGAAAAUGGGUCUGCUGCUGCUUCCCAUGACGACGCAGGGCCACAGGUAGUGGUUUACGUGCUGUGCCGUCGCGGCAUCAAUUCCCUCAAGGCAAUGACCUUGAUUCGCGCGGCGCUCGGAGAGGCGGAGGCGAGGGGCGACGAAGCGGCCGUCGCCCGGCUUGGUAGGUACAUCUUCCGGAACGUCAGCGGCGGCCUCAACGCCUACCACCGCGAGGUGGACAGCGCCUUUCCCUACUACUGA